AAUUUAAUACUUAAUAUACGUUUUAUUUUGUUCAUUUUAGUUUUUAUGUUUAUAAAUACUUUGUAGCAUACAUAAAAAUUCAAAAAAAUGGCAGAAUAAUGAGUGCAUUAUUUGCUUUAAAAAGACUACAGAAAAAAUGAAUGUACUGAUUGCUCUCUUUGGACUAAUUAGCAUAUUUGGAUUUUCUUCGUAUCUACUUUUCCAGUUAACAAGAUUACUUCCAGCAUCUAAGUCGAGCUAUGUUUUAUCUUUUCCAAGUAAUCUUGAACAACUUAAAGAUAUAGAGCACUAUCUAAAACAUUACAUAGAUGAAAACUACUUGAUUGUUUUGUUGCUUUUUUGUUCUGGCUACCUAUACAAGCAAGCAUUUGCGAUUCCUGGAUCUGUAUUUAUGAACUUGUUGGCAGGAGCAUUGUUUGGUUUAUGGAAGUCAGUUCUAAUCACAAGCUUACUCUCAGCAUUUGGAGCAAGUUUGUGUUAUACUUUAUCUAUGAUUUUUGGUAAAAGUAUUCUUAUGCAUUUUUUCCCCUUAAAGGUAUAUGCAUUUCAAGAAAAGCUUAAAAACAAUCAAGAUGGAAUAUUCUUUUUUUUGUUAUGUCUUCGGUUAUUUCCAAUGUCUCCAAAUUGGUUUUUAAACAUGGUUUCACCAGUUAUUGGAAUUCCAUUACCAUAUUUCUUUUUUUCUGUUCUUAUUGGCCUUCUUCCCUACAAUUUUAUAUGCUGUCAAACUGGCUGCAUGCUUUCUCAAGUAACUGAUAUGUCAGAAGUUUUUACUCUGUCUGUGAUGGUGAAACUUCUUGCACUUGCUGCUGUUUUUGCACUGACAGGUUUUGUCACCAAACAUUGGAAAAUAGAGAAAACUUUAAAAUAAAAUAUUUUUUUUGUGUGCAUAGUUUGGUAGAUAAUAAAAGUUUUGAUAGAUUUUAUUUUCAAAACAUUGUUAAAGUGUUUUAACUGUUAUGUAUUUUGUACAGGUUUUACAUAACUGUAGGUUUAAAUUAAUUUUUUAAUUUCAUUAAAUAACCAAAAUAUUAAGUUUAAUUUUGAAUUUUUUUUAAAUUUGUUAUAAACACUUUAAGGUUAUGUUUAAAAAUGAUUUAAUUAUUUUUAAAAAUAAUUUAAUUAUGUUUAAAAAUAAGUUAUGUUUAAGUAAUCAACUGUUUUUUGAAUUUGUUGAAUAAAAAACUUUUCAAAUUUUUCUUCAAAAAAGUUUUAUGUUUUGAUCCUGAAAUUAUAAAUGCUGUUGGUUUAAAUCUCAAUGUUCAUGCAAAGAUAUAAGUAAUGGCUGAACCCUUUUUGGUAAUGAUUACAGUAACAUAUAUAAUAUAUGAUUACAGUAACAUGUAUUGUUAAUAUAUGAAUAAUAUAUGAUUACAGUGA